AAAACUUCGGCCCAACACACACAAUACCUUACCCUUUGUGUACGGCAUCAAUCUGUAAAGGGUUUAAGAGGCAGCAGCAGCAGGUUAAUCACAACAGCGUAUCUUCUAGGGUUUUCGUUACUUCCAAUUUCACAUACAAACAUGAGUCGUCAUCCUGAGGUAAAGUGGGCUCAGAGGGAGGACAAAGUUUUUAUCACCGUGGUUUUGGCUGAUACAAAAGACGCAAAAGUCAAUCUUGCCCCUGAAGGUGUGUUUACAUUUUCUGCUAAAGCUGGUCAACAUGAGUAUGACCUUAAGCUGGAGCUUUUUGACAAAGUUAACGUAGAGGAAAGCAAAAUAAAUAUAGGAGAGAGAAGUAUAUUUUGUAUUUUGGAGAAAGCAGAGGCCAAAUGGUGGAGUAAACUUUUGUCGGGAGAUGCCAAAACCCCGCAUUACGUGAAAGUUGAUUGGGACAAAUGGGCUGACGAAGAUGAUGAUGCUGGUCCUGCAGAUCUUGACAUGGGAGGAAUGGAUUUCUCGAAAUUUGGUGACAUGGGCGGCAUGGGCGGCAUGGGUAUGCCGGGAAUGGGUGGCAUGGGUAUGCCGGGGAUGGGUGGCAUGGGCAUGCCAGGAAUGGGCGGCAUGGGCAUGCCGAAUAUGGACGAAUUUAUGGGCGGUGAUGAUGAAGACACCGACGAUGAAGGUCAAGAAACCGGUGCAACCAGCAAAGCAGCAGAAGCAGUGUCUGAGGAGAAAACUGAAGGUGCAGCAGCUAGCACAUAGAUUUUAUCUGCGUGUCGUUGGGGCGUUGACUUGGUCAAUGGGUUUAGGGUUUUGAGUUGGGGGUCAUAUUUGCACACUUUUUACCUGAUCUAUGGUGCUCCUGAGACUUUGGAUAUUUGACUAAAAACUAUGCUUUCUACUCCUUAGGGAGUUGGAAACCAUUUUACUAUCCCUUUUAUUAUUGAAUCAUUCGAGUGUUGUAAUAUUAAUAGCGGUUCUCUGCCC